AUGACUGUACCGCAAAGGAAUGGCGUUUCAAAGUCCCUGCCCUCGGCGCUGCCUUUGGUGCAGAAGCUCUCUAAAGAUCAUGACAACGUUCUCAGGACUUUUCGUCUAUUGAUCGCAGAUCUCUGCCAACAAUUUGGUGGUGGCCAUCCCGGUGGUGCUAUUGGUAUGGCCGCUAUCGGUGUUUCGCUAUGGAAAUAUAUUAUGCGCUAUGCCCCGCAUACCCCGGAUUUCUUCAAUCGCGAUCGCUUUGUGCUUUCAAAUGGCCAUACUUGCCUCUUCCAAUACUCUUUCCUGCACUUGACUGGAUAUGAGGCCAUGACCUUCGACCAACUCAAAUCCUACCACUCAGAUCGAGCGGAUGCGCUUUGCCCUGGGCACCCCGAGAUUGAACAUGAGGGAAUUGAAGUCACAACUGGUCCCCUAGGACAAGGUAUCGCAAACGCAGUUGGCCUUGCCAUGGCGACUAAGAACCUCGCAACCACUUACAACCGCCCUAGCUACGAUGUCGUUUCCAACCACACAUGGUGCAUGAUCGGUGACGCUUGUUUACAGGAAGGUGUGGCCCUAGAAGCCAUCUCUCUGGCAGGACAUUUCCGCCUGAACAAUCUUACGGUCAUCUACGAUAACAACCAGAUUACCUGCGACGGAUCUGUGGAUCUUACCAAUACUGAGGAUAUCAACGCCAAGAUGCGCGCUAGUGGUUGGGAUGUUAUUGACGUCGAGGAUGGCUGCUAUGAUAUUGAAGGCAUUGUUGGUGCAUUGGAACAGGCUCGCAAUUCACAGGAGAAGCCUACAUUUAUUAACGUCAAGACGAUUAUCGGCCUAGACAGCCAUGUGGCCGGCACCGCUACUGCGCACGGAGCUGCUUUUGGCCCCCAGAGCGUUGCUAACUUGAAGACUCUCUACGGCUUCAAUCCCGAGGAGCACUUUGUAAUUGGGGAUGCUGUCCGCAAGUUCUUCCAGGACCUUCCUGCUCGUGGUGAGCAAUGGGUGCAGGAGUGGAACCAGUUGGUCAGUGACUAUACGGUCAAACACCCGGAGCUUGGAGCCGAAUUCCAGGCUCGUGUUCGUGGUGAGCUGCCCGCGAACUGGGAACAGCACAUCCCCUCUAGCUUCCCUGAGAAGCCAACCGCAUCUCGUGCAUCAUCUGGUCUUGUCUUCAACCCCAUCGCUAAAGAGAUCAACACAUUUAUGGUUGGAACUGCUGAUCUGUCUCCAUCGGUGAACAUGAUCUGGCCUGGAAAGGUUGACUUCCAACAUCCUGACCUGCGCACUACUUGCGGAAUCAACGGAAACUACUCCGGUCGUUAUAUCCACUAUGGCAUUCGGGAGCACGCUAUGUGUGCCAUUUCCAACGGACUGGCUGCCUAUUCUCCUAACACCAUUAUUCCUGUCACUUCAACCUUCUUCAUGUUCUAUCUAUAUGCAGCCCCGGCCGUCCGUAUGGGUGCCCUACAGCACCUUCAAGGAAUCCACGUCGCUACCCACGACUCAAUUGGUAUGGGUGAAGAUGGCCCCACCCACCAACCCAUUGAGCUUGCUGCUUUAUACCGCGCCAUGCCUAACAUCCUCUAUAUUCGCCCAGGUGACAGCGAAGAGGUGGCUGGCGCCUGGAUGGCUGCGAUUAACGCGAAGAAGGCUCCUACCAUUAUUUCCACAUCUCGUCAAGCUCUUCCUCAGCUGAAGCAAACCCGUCGCGAUGGAGUGGCUCGCGGAGCUUAUGUCCUUGAGGAAGAUGAGUCUGCGACAGUGACGUUGCUUGGUGUUGGUGCCGAGUUAUCAUUUGCCCUGGAGGUUGCUGCGCAAUUGAGGGCGCAGAAAGGGAUCACCGCCCGUGUGAUUAGCUUCCCCUGCCAGCGUCUGUUUGAGCAGCAGUCAUUGGAGUACAGGCGGGAGACGCUCCGCCGCCACCGUGGAAUCCCCGCCAUUGUCAUUGAGCCAUAUGCUCCUAAUGGAUGGGAACGCUAUGCGGACGCCGGUAUCAAUGUGAAUCGCUUCGGUCACAGUUUGCCCAGCAAGGCUGCUUACAAGUUCUUUGGUUAUGAAAUUGAUGCAUUGACGACUAAAGUGGUGCGCUACCUUGACCAGCUCAAGGGAGAUGAGUAUCUUCGUCAUGAGUUUGUUGAUCUAUGA